AAACCUUCACAAAUUGAAGCAAACGAACCCCAUUCCGUCGACCCAUCAUACACGUCACGCCAUUUUCCGGUGAACCAAAACUGUUGCGAAAGCUUAAAGCUCCACUCACCUUUUCCGAUCAGCUCGAAAAUCCGAUUUCAUGUCUUCUACACUGUGCCUUGUUCUUCUUCUGAUCCUGAGCCUGCUCACUGUCACGCUCUCCUCGCCGGGAUCGCGGUCGAUCCUCCGCGCCGUCAACUCCGGCACCUCCGAUGUCCGCGACUACGCCGUCGAUUUGAACGUCACCAAUUUCGAUGCGGUGCUCCGCGACACUCCCGCCACCUACGCCGUCGUCGAAUUCUUCGCUCACUGGUGUCCGGCUUGCCGGAAUUAUAAGCCGCAUUAUGAAAAGGUUGCGAGGCUGUUCAAUGGGCCGGAUGCUGUGUAUCCAGGGAUGGUAUUGAUGGUGAGGGUCGACUGUGCGUCAAAGAUAAAUACCAAACUCUGUGAUAACUUCUCUGUAAGCCAUUAUCCUAUGCUCUUCUGGGGCCCUCCGUCUAAAUUUGUAUCUGCUGGAUGGGAGCCUAAACAAGAGAACAGUGAUAUACAAGUCAUUGAAAAUGGGCGUACAGCUGACCGGCUACUGGGUUGGAUCAACAAGCAAAUUGGCAGCUCAUUUGGAUUGGAUGAUCAGAAAUUUGAAAAUGACCAUCUUCCAUCAAAUGCAUCAGACCCUGGACAGAUUGCUCGGGCUGUCUAUGAUGUCGAGGAGGCCACAUCCACAGCUUUUGAAAUUAUCUUAGAGCAUAAGAUGAUCAAGCCAGAAACAAGGGGCUCACUAGUUAAAUUUCUUCAACUUAUGGUGGCUCACCAUCCUUCAAGGAGGUGCCGGAAGGGAAGUGCAGAGGUACUUGUGAGGUUUGAUGAUGUGUAUCCUCUAGAUGCAUGGUCAGCUAACGGACAUGAAGGCCAAGAUGGAAAGGGUGCCCUGGGAAAUAUCCAGAUUUGUGGUAAAGAUGUUCCUCGUGGAUAUUGGAUGUUCUGUCGUGGUAGUAAGAAUGAUACCAGGGGAUUUAGCUGCGGAUUAUGGGUUCUUCUUCAUUCACUGUCGGUACGAAUUGAGGAUGGAGAGAGCUCUUUUGCAUUUUCCACCAUUUGCGACUUUGUACACAACUUUUUUAUCUGUGAGGAGUGUCGCCAACAUUUUUAUAAAAUGUGUUCAAGGGUUUCUAGUCCUAUCAACAAAUCUCGUGACUUUGCCCUUUGGCUGUGGAGUGCACACAAUAAAGUCAAUGAUAGACUAAUUAAAGAGGAAGCCUCUUUAGGAACUGGUGAUCCCAAAUUCCCGAAGACGAUUUGGCCUCCAAAGCAACUUUGCUCAUCUUGUUACCGCUCCCAGAAGAACAACGACAUUGAUUGGGACGAGGAUGCUGUGUUCAACUUUUUGACCAAUUAUUAUGGGAAGACGCUUGUUUCUCUAAACAAAGACAAGGGUCUUAAUGGGAGAGAUGGGACUACUGCGGCACUUGAAGAUUUGGUUCCUUCAACAAAUGCGAUUGUGGUGCCUCUGGGGGCUGCAUUAGCCAUUGCUGUUGCUAGUUGUGCAUUUGGGGCACUCGCAUGCUACUGGCGUUCACAGCAGAAGAGUCGGAAGUAUUACCACCAACUACACUCUUUAAAGAACAUUUGAUAAUUAGGACUUUAGGAGGCUGUCCCAACUCUUUCAAAAACUGGAUUAAAGAUCCAGAACUCAGAGGGGCAAAGUCAAAAAACAAAAGAAAACAAAAAAUUAGAAAGGGAGAAAGAAAGGCAUUCUUUAAUUUCUUAUUCUUUUUUCUUGCACCAAAUUUCAGGCCAAGGAGAACCUGGAGCUAAUUUUGUUGCAAGGACAAAACCCUGGCACAGCUAUAACUCCUAUAAGGUGCACAGCAGGGGGAAAUCAGGGUCUGUAUGUAAGCAGAUACAACCUUAUACAAGAUGGUCUGCUCGAGGUCCUCUUCUGUACCCUAUUUGAACUUUUCAUUUGCUACACAUAAUGAGGAUUGUACAGCUUUAUGUCGGUCUAAUUUUGGAAGAGAUAAUUCAAGAUCUAUGCGGCGUUUAUUUCAAUCCAAACAUUGCAUGGAUCUAUAGUCAAAGAUUGGAAAAACCAUUGUUUUUGGAGACCAUAGUGAUACUCACUUCCAUUAUGUUCAAUACAGAAGAAUUUCUUGAUGAUUG